UCCUCUCCGCACACGCUGUAAACAUCAGCUGUUUCAAUCAACUAGCUGCUACUGCUAUGCUAUCUAACAGGUUGCUUAACCCGGUUAGCUAACUCACACACACACACAUAGUGUUGGCGAACUUAAAUGUAGCAUCGUUGCAACGAGGACUUUGACAACACAUGGAAGCUCUGGUGAACACGCGAAGAUGUGACUACGUUUAGGAAAACCCUGAAAAUGGACAUGGUAGUGAGAGCAAAUCAACGAUUACGGAGAGCAAACUGUCAUCUGCUGUCCAGGAUUUUGACUCUAAACACCAGAGGAGACCGAGAAAAGAACCUCAUUCAACCUCAACACCUUUUCUAAUAUUACCAAAUCCAUAUGUGUCUGACCAGAUUUCAAGGGGGUGUGAGUCCAAAGCCAGCUGCAAAAGGAGGAGAUGUACCAAGAAGUCAUGGCUACAGCAGCAGCAGGCCGGUUAGAGAGACCAGCGAUGAUUUCCCACAGAGGGACAGAUCCUUGAGGGAUCCACAAACAAAGGCAUCUAAAAGCAACAAUGACUUCCAAGGUAGAACCAUGGGCAAGAGCUCAAUGGAUGCACAGAAAAAAGGUUUUAGAGGGAGCAGGUCUGCUCCCAAUUCUGCAGUAAAGUCAAAACCAGCACAGACAAACUUUGUCCCAUUUGAAGUGAAGAUGGCAGAUUUUCCAGAGUUAGCUGGUGUUUCAAGGAGCCAAGCGCCUCCUCCUCCUGCUACUGCUCAGAAAGAGUGCUGGGGUCCAAAUCGUCCAUCCACGAGCCCCCACGCUUCAAAACUGGUGUCUUCCUGGAAGUCUGGCAGGAGAGGAUCCCCACCACGAGCUGACCCCCCACAAAGUGCCGCUGAUGCUAAGCCAGACACCACUGUUAUCCCAGAAGGUCAGUCGGUGUUGACGUCUUGGGCUAAUAUCGCCUCUCAGCCUCCGAAGAAACCCGUUCCUCAUGAUAAGACAAUCAGCAGCAACCACAUGCAGACAGAGGACAAAGCUGCACAGCAGGAAGUAGGGGCCUCAGGGAAGAAAAAACGAAAGAAAAAGAAGAAGGCUAAAGGCUCUAGUGAAGACGCAGAAGCUGAGUCAGAAGAACCGGCGAUUCCUCAAGCGCCUCCAAAGUUUGAAGAUGAAGAGGAGUUCCCAGGAUUGACUGGGACCGACAGGUUAAAAACCAGCAGCAAUGCAAAGCUAUGCAAUGAGGAGAACCAAAGAGGAGGAUCAGACCAGAACAAGGAGAAAUCAGCAGCAGCUAAAGCUCAGUCCGCAGAAGCUGUUAAAAAAGGACAGAAAGCGGAGAAAGUCUCUGGGAAGAAGAGCAAAGUUCCUGUCCAGCUGGACAUUGGAAACAUGCUGGCUGCCCUGGAAAAGAAGCAGCAAUCUCAGAAAACCAAGCAGGACCCUAAACCGGUCAUUCUCUCAGUUGGCGGAGGUCUACCUGUUGUUCAGAAGCAACCAUCGGCCCAGAAGAAGCUGCCCUGGCAGCAGGAUAAAAUUGCACACAAUCCACUAGACUCCACCAGCCCUUUGGUAAAGAAAGGCAAGCAGAGAGAGGUGCCCAAAGCCAAGAAACCCACUCCUCUCAAGAAGGUUAUUCUGAAAGAAAGAGAGGAGAGAAAACAGAGACGUUUGCUGGAAGAGAGAGGACUGCUGCCUGAAAAUGAUGCCACGCUCUCUAAUGAUGCCCCAGAAGAAGAACAUUGUGACGCAAAUGCCACAGAUGAUGUCAGUAGUCUUACAGAGGGAUUUGAUGAUCAGCUGGAGUUUAACACAAGCCAGAUGGCAGGAGAGGUUGAUGAGGAGACGGACAAGGAUGAGACCGUACAGCACCAAACCACCUCACCUGAGAACUGCACGGCUCAUGCACUCAAAAUCCACAGCAGGAAGUUCAGAGACUAUUGCAGCCAGAUGCUGAGCAAAGAUGUGGAUGAGUGUGUGACGUCUCUGCUGAAGGAGCUGGUUCGUUUCCAGGACCGCCUGUACCAGAAAGACCCCAUGAAGGCUCGCAUGAAGAGACGGAUCGUGAUGGGCCUCCGCGAGGUCCUGAAGCACCUCAAACUCAGGAAGGUGAAAUGUGUCAUCAUCUCACCGAACUGUGAACGCAUCCAGUCCAAAGGUGGCCUGGAUGAGGCUCUUCACACCAUCAUCAACACGUGUCGUGAACAGGGCGUACCGUUCGUGUUUGCGCUCUCCAGGAAAGCUUUGGGUCGCUGCGUCAACAAGGCUGUGCCUGUCAGCCUGGUGGGCAUCUUCAACUAUGACGGUGCACAGAACUACUAUCAUAAGAUGAUCGAGCUGUCGUCUGAGGCCAGGACAGCCUAUGAGGUGAUGGUGUCGAGCCUGGAGCAGAGAGACCAGGCAGAGGCAGAGCAGGAGGUGAACACUGAGGAGCUGCAGAUCAACAGCCUGACUAACGAACCUACACCUGGUUCUGACGCCACACAGCCGCCAGAGGAACCAGAAUAUAUAAAAAUCUGGAAGAAGAUGCUGGAGAAGGAAUGCAACCACUCAUUUCUGAACUUUGAGGAGCAGCUGAGCUCCAUGCACUUGGACAGCGAAUGUAUUGAAACCACUGAUGAAGAUGAGAGGAGUUGACAGAGGUGAAAUGUUCUGUGCCUAAAAAAUGAACCCAUUUGUGCUGAUAGCCAGCUCAGAAGAAGCUGGAAUGGACUUAACCCCACGUGCAGGAGAUGGAGCCACGUGCGGUUGCUGUGCUGCUAGUGGUUCUCAGACUGGGAGCCACCACCACCCAGGACUUGUUAGAUAAUUAACCAUGUUGCUAAUAUUUUCAAUGAUAUAUGAUUUUCUUAAGGACUCAAUCAGUCACUUGAAAUGAUCCCACAAUAUGAAUUUUUACCAAUGUUGUCUGUGAUCCUGCCUCUAAGACGUAUAGGCAUCGUUGCAGUAAAUGUGCAGAGAAUAUCAGCCAGUCAUUCAGCACUAAGGAAUAAUCAGUGAGGAUUUGACACUGUGUUUUGGAGCCAUUAUGUUGCAUUUUACUUUUCUGUGAUUUAGUUUCAGUUAAUAAUAUUUUUCUGGUAAUUUUGCUAAAUAAGGUGGAUGAUGUGUAAAAACAAGCUCAUAUUGGAUCAAGUUUAGAACUUCUAAAGUAAUAGUUGUGUAUCACCCUCUGUAAGCACAUGGAAAAAAAAGCAUUUCAAACUCAAGGUUGAGAAUGUGUACGAAAGAUUUGUUGUUAUAGAAAAAAUUAGUUGCCACUGUUUUCCCUGUAAAAGUGGGGCCAAACGUCCUAUUUAAAACCUGUUCGCCUCCAAAUCAAAUCCUGUUGGCACAGUAUAUGCUGUGUAUUUAUUGAUAUAGCAUAGUGUUUUGUUGCUUUAUAAAUAAGUAAUUGGUAUAUUAAUACGUUUUAUUCUAACAGGAAAUAGUACCGUUCUUGUGACUGUAUUGUGCACACACAUCACAGUCAAAAAUCUGAUUUUUUUUUGUCACUUUUCCAGCUCAACACACUACAAGUUCCUAAGUAUUUCACACUCAGUUUGCCGCUUUCAUUCUGUACUAAGAUGUACUGAAAAGCCAAUUUCCUUUUCUCAUGUUAUCUUAGAAUUACCUGAAAAUAAUUUGUGCACAAGUGAUAUUCAGAAAUCCAAAUUUUUGUCCUACAACUACAAGCAGGGUGAUAUACUACCACAUGCCAUAGUUUCACAAGCAUAAAACGCUUUUGACCAUACUUUUUCGAAAACUUGUAGAACACCACACAGAGCUUUAGUUUAGAGCUAAAGAAAUAAACACUCACAUUUCUGUGCAUAGGAAAUGAAAUCCUUGUAUUUAAUUCAGAAACGUGUGACCGCACUACAUAAUGGAACGUGUGAUUUAUGUCUGGAGUUUACAACAGUACCACAUACGAUGAUUGCCUUGUGUUAUAUUUGAACAGGAAAAUAAUGUUACAUAUCACACACUGUUAACAGUUUUUUGUUGUUCCACAAAAGGAGAAAAAAGCAUAGAGCACGAUAAUUGCAAAAUAAACAUUACAGACGUCUGAAGUGCUCAGUGACAAUCGCAUGUUAAAAAACAAAUAAAUUAUCAAAUGUAAAAUCUGUAAGCAAGAGAAGACUUGUGGUUAUGACAUUUAAUAUAAUUUGGACAAACAAACUGCUAAUACGAACAUUUAAGUUUAUUUAAAGUAAAUGUGAUGUCUAAUGUCGUUUCAAAAACUCUUCAGAAUGUUAAGUGUAGACUGUUAUUUGAGGUUGGUUUGGAAAUUAGGCUCAAGCAAAGUGCCUCCUUCAAAAUCCUAUAAAUAUUGAAUUAAUAUAGUUGAUAUUGAACUGAUAAAACAAUAUCAGGUUGAUUUAUAUCUUACCUAUGUCGAGUUUUAUAGGAAGAAGGUAGAAAAGAGAAAUGGAAUAAUACAAAAAUAGGUAGUUUUCAUGGAUGACAUGUUGCAGCAGGAAAACUACAUGUAACUUUACCAUUGUUUACUGGGGUAUUUAAUUGUAAGGAUACAUCAUUAAUUUUAACUUGUAUGUUUUGGAAAAUGGUCUGUACACAGUCUUAAGUUUUAUAUGAAUGUUUAAACAGCAACAGCUUGACAUUUUGGGAAAUAUUUUAUGGUUACAUUGUGCGGGAGUUGCAUGAGAAGAUGGUACCCAACAGUUGGCUAGCUUAGCUUAGCACAAAGACUGGAAACAGUGGAAAUAGUUAGCCUAGGUGUGUCUCUGAAGAUCAUUAAUUGAUGCAUUUUAUUUGGUUGGUUAACCUGCUGGUUGCAUGGCACAAGAAAUGGCCUGUCACAAAAAUGCACUCUAAAACAGCUAACAGUCAUUUUUGCAUGCUCGCUAUUCACAAUUGAGCUAUAAAUGUUAUUGUGUGAGCUUUAGAGGUGCUGAUUGACUGAUUUGUUUACCUUUUGAUUUGAGACAGUUUUAUUUCCAGUCUGUGUGCUAAACUAAGAUGAGCAACCAAGCUGCCUGAACAGCAAAUAAGCAUUUUCCCCAAAAUGUCAGUUUAUUCCUUCAGAGACAUGUGUGGCACCGAGAGACCAAACUGUGAAACAUUAGACCUACGUGAAGAUAAAGUAUUUGGCAUAGAGGAAAUGUCAAGAUGUAGUAAAGAUCUAUUUUUUGAUUCAAUUGUUUUAUAAAUCCUUGAAUAUAGAUGCUAUAUGUAAGUCAGAUUGAUUCUCCAAAACAAUGAACUGACAUUUUCUUUUUAUAUGCAUUAAUAGUGGUUAUGUACGAGCCUAAAAUGGGGAGAAUUUUGAGUCAUUUUUCAUCAGUGUAAAUUGUGAUUUAAAUAAAGGAGACAAAUCUGUUUA